GUGACGCACUUCCGGCGGCGGCGGGGUGUGCAGUAUGGCGGCGGCUGAGGCGAUGGAGGCCGCGGCGGCGGCGGCGCCCGCCCCAACACCCACACCGGGCUCGUUGCUGGCCCUGGAGCCGCGGCUGCAACGCGAGUUCCAGCAGAAGGUGCAGCGAGUACGCAACAACCGGGCAGCCAAGGAGGAGCUGACGCCGGGCGUGGUGUAUGUGGGGCACCUCCCGCGGGGGCUCUGCGAGCCGCAGCUCCGCGAGUACUUCGAGCAGUUCGGGAAGGUGACGCGGCUCCGGCUCUCCAGGAGUAAGAAGACUGGAGCUACAAAAGGAUAUGGAUUCAUAGAGUUUGCAUCUGAUGAUGUGGCUAAGAUUGUUGCAGACACAAUGAACAACUACUUGUUUUCUGAAAGACUGCUCAAGUGUCAGGUCAUACCUCCUGAAAGGGUCCAUGAAGACCUCUUCAAAAACAGUAACAGAAUAUUUCUGAAGCCUUCUCAGCCAGCAGUCAGGAGGUACAACCAGGUGAGGUCCCUCCUCCAGAAGGCGAAGAUGACGCAGCGGCUGCUGCGGAAGGAGAAACUCCUGCGGAAGAGGCUGGCUGAAAGGGGGCUUGAGUAUGACUUCCCAGGAUUUGCUGCACAGGAGCUUGCCAUAAAGAGAAAAAAAAUUAAAACAUCCAAGAAAUCAAAACUGAACAUUUCUUUGAACAGCCAGGAUCCUACUCCAGUCUGUACUCCAACAGUGCUCGAGCGCCGGAAAGCUUCCCAGGUGGAUGAUGACCCAGAAGACAAAGAAAUAACUCUGAGACUGCCCCCUGCCAGUGUUAAGAAUGCUGUGCAGAGGCCAAAGAAGCAACCAAGGAAAAGACCAAACCAGAAGAAACAGAAAUAGACUUAAAAUUGUGAUGACUGUAGCCAGGUAUCUCCUCAACUCAAAAACUGGCAAAGUGGAGCUUCUAGUGGUUCUGCUGCCCUGGCCCUGUUCAUCUUGGUUGGACUUUUUCAGUCCUUUCUAGGCAAGGAGUCUGUUCACAAAUGCUUCCCCUCCUGUGUAGCCAUCAGGGGACCUGUUGUCUUGUCUUCCUUUGAAGAUAUUCUUGACUUGUGCUCACAAGUGCCACAGUUGUGACACAACUACAGCUAUGCCAGAACCUUCAGUUAUUUCUGUAACUUGUCUUUAGUGCUCACUGUUUAGAAAGAAGUUAUGAGGCUGACCAUUCAGAGCUUGCUCAUGUGGGCUCUUAUCACAUUCAUAAUUAAUGAUGGGCUAUAAAAAAACCAAAACAUUUUUCAACUGA